AUGACUUUUAGUAGUUUGUUAGUUAGUUGUGAAACAGAGAAACAGACAGACAGACAGACAAACAAAACAGAUACACAUUUUUGUAUGGAGAGAGAAUCAAUCAAUAUUGAGUGUAAAAUAGUAUUAUUAGGUAGCACAGACGUCGGAAAAACAGCUAUUUCAGUUAGAUAUGCAGAAGGUAUAUUCCCGAUGCGUCCUCUAAGUACGGUGGGCGCAUCAUUUCUUACUAAAAAUGUAAAUGUCGAUGGUAAUAGAAUCAAAUUUCAAAUAUGGGAUACUGCAGGACAAGAAAGAUUUAGAUCAUUGGCAUCAAUGUACUAUCGUGGGGCUAGUGUAGCUAUACUGGUAUUUGAUGUCUCGUCACAGAAAUCAUUUGAUAAAAUCAAAGAAUGGGUACAAGAAUUGAAAAUUAAUAUACAAGAAGAUAUUGUAAUGAUAGUUUGUGGAAACAAAAUAGAUAAAGAAAGAGUUGUAGAUAGAGAUAUUGCCAAAACAUAUGCAGACGAUAUCAAAGCAUUAUAUUAUGAAACAUCGGCCAAGAUGAACGAAGGAAUAGAUGUUAUGUUUUUAGAGAUUGCCAAACGAUUACUCAUCAAACAUCACAUCCUAUUACAUAAUCAACGAAGUCAACAACAUCAUAAUGGAGUGGGUGUCAAUCCUCGAGGCAAUAUCAAUGAUUCAAUGUCUGAUUAUAAUCGUCGUCAAUCAAAUCAUUCUUCAAAUUGUUGUAGUUGA